UUUUUUUUUUUUACCUUUUUUCAUUUAAACCAUAUUUCAAUGGCACCUAGGUCCAGGAAACACACUGUUUCACAUUUUAAUGUGAUGGUCGUUGGGCACUCAGGGGUAGGCAAGACGAGUUUUAUCCGCACUCUACUGGAAACCCUCAGACUGGAAGAAGAACAACGGAAGGAAGAGACACCAACGACCAAGAAGAGAAGAGACUCAUUUAUGAGUGAAACAUCCUUUGUGAAUAUCGAACCAGAAGGACCUAUCGAGAAGACAUUACAACCUUAUACUGUAUCAAGAGAAAUCAAUAUUGACCGAGAACAUGUUCUCCUGACAUUGAUCGAUACACCUGGAUUUCACCAAGAGUACUUGAUCGAUAAACAGCUGCAUGAUAUCUUGAAAUAUAUUGAACAUCAGUUUGACUUGACUUUGGCCGAGGAAACAAAAGUCAAGCGUAAUCCAAAAGCAGUCGACACGCAGGUUCAUUGUUGCCUUUAUUUUAUGGAUCCCAAAAAAUCAUGUUUGGAUGAAUAUGACAUUCGUAUCCUGACAAGAUUAUCAAACCGUGUCAACGUUAUCCCUGUGAUUGGAAAAGCAGAUCAACUUACUUUGGCUCAAAAGAACCGAUUGAAGCCAAGGAUCAUUCAAGAUAUCUAUAACAAGAUACCCAUUUAUGGUAUGCCUACAAAAGAAGAAGAAGAGGAAGAUGAGGAUGAGGAUGAAGAAACCAAAAAAGCAGAGACCUUGAAUGACUUUAUACAGCAAUUCAAUUACGAGGAAGAAGACCAGGAUACAAAGACGAUACUGGACUAUCUAAAGAUCAUUCCGUUCACGUUUAUUGCGUAUGAGGAUGAACCAGAUACGGGUAAACCACUAGAGAUCGAGGGGUUAUCACUUGGCAGAGAUUUUGGAUGGGGAACAAUCGAUUGUCUAAACGAUAAAUAUUCAGAUUUCAAUCAACUAAAGCAUGCAUUAUUAUUCACACAUAGAAAGUUUUUACAAUUAGACACCGUCGAACGAUAUUACGAGCAGUAUCGAACUGAGAAACUGAUGUUCAAGAGGGCAACCAGAUUAAAGUCCUUAGACAUGUCUUCACAAAAGAUAUUAAAAGAUUUGAGCGAAUUAUAACUUAUAUAUAAUAAAUGAUUUAUUAUUAUAAAUGACUUUGUUGACCAAGUUUCUUGAGACGAU